AUGUCAGCCGGAAUAGCUGUUAAACGGCCUCAAACAGAAAAAUUAAGGCUUUACAAUCAAAUAUCCACAGAGAAGUUACCAGAGAAAGCAAAAGACGAUAUAAUCCGAAAGCCAAUUGCAUCAACAACAACAACAUCAGCAACCUCAUCAUCACCUACAACCAACAGUUGCGAGAAAGAGACGGCUUCAUCUGAUAAUCUCGAAGAUCGUCUGCGUGCAGCUUUACGUGAACGAGACGAGCAGUGGCGAAAACACGAAAAGGCUCAAAUAACAUUCUUGCAACAAGAAAGUUCCAAUAUGCUUAAAGGGUUACAUAGCGAAAUUGAGCGAUUAGGACAUCAAUUAAGAGAUGCAAAACAUAAGCUUUUGGUAACUGGCACUGAAUCUGUCUCCAUCUGUGAUCAUACGGAACUUGAAAAAACUAUUUCACAACAAGAAGAAGCAAUACGUAUGCUUGAAGAGAAGAUCAUUGGUAAAGAGGAUCAAGUGCAGAAUAUUGAAAAGACAGUCACAGCAACUAUACUGAAGUUACAAGAGCAGAUACAUCUGCAGGGUGAACGUAUACGACAGUUAACAUCUGAAAUGAAUGACAGAAAUCAAACUGUUGCCCAUUUAAGUAGUCAACUGAGAGCUUAUCGCUUACGAGAUGCAAUGGCAACUGCUCAACAAAGACGUCGAGCAUCUCAUGGAGGUAAUAGCCCUUCACCAGCUUCUGAUCUCGUAUCACCGACCACUCCAUUCAGAGUAUUUCCUCCAUCUAAGGGAUUAGUGAGCGCAUCUGUGACGGUCAGCUAUCCAGGCAGUCGAAGUGACGUUCAAAGUGAUUCAUCUGAAGCUCCAUGUAGCAUUGAGAGACCACGUCGUCGACGAUCAACCGGAAUCGGCUUCGGAAAGUAA